AUGAAGUUGGCAUUUGGUCUGGACUACAGCGAUGACUCGAACCAUCUCUUUGGGUGCCUGAUCAACCACAACAUUGGCAACGGUGGUCUUCAUCGUCAAUCAAGCCAAAUGGCCUCGAAUUAUGCUGGUGAGGGUACUAGUAUGACUGAUUACCUCCCUCCUCCACCUCCACCUACCCUUUCGACUCACCAGCCCAAGGAUGACAAUGACCGUGUAUGGACGACUAUCAACACCUACAGCAACACAAGCAACAAGAGCAACAAGAGCAACAACAAGUACUACAAGAACAUCAGCAACUUGACUUUGGCAACAAAAGUGCACCUCAGUACCCACCUGAGGUCAUCACCAAUAGCCAAGUCCCCGACCAGAUCACCGUCCAAUCCCAUUCAAGCCCAGAAGACGAGGACCGAGCCCAGAAGACCAGGACCAAGCCCAGACCCAGGAAGGAUCUGUUGCCACUACGAGCACGAACACGACCAGUAUGACAGGCACGACACGGCCUCGAUCGUCGUUCCUUACUCUCCCGGGCCCCAUAUCCACCUACUGGAAACGACUCAAGCGAGGACCUUCGUCGACGCCUUCUUCAUCUAG